UUUAGCAGCACGACCGAACGAGCGAACAUGCCGCCUUUGAUAUCUGCUAUUAUCGUCGUCUGAUCAGUCUACGAUAAGUGAACGAAAUUGUUUUUCUCACCUGUCGGGCUACGCCACUGCGAAAUCGACCUAUUUUCGCGCGGGUCGCCUCGAGUUGCCCGUCUUGAGUCCGAGGCCAAUGAUCGGGAGCCACGGUCGUGAGCGUCAACGGCAGUUUUGUUGUCCUCUCGCAUCUCGCAUCUGUGCGCGACCGAAUUCGUGCGGUGGAGAGCUGCGGCACCCCGAUACACGCGAAAAUGAGCGCCGAGGAGGAAGUGUUGCGCAUACAGAAGAAACUCAACAAAAUGUCCAGCGGUGACGGGACGGGCCAGGAACAAGCGUUAGAAUUGCUCAAGAUACUUCAAAAGUUACCUGUGGAUUUGGAACUACUGACCAAAACACGAAUCGGAAUGACAGUCAACGCUUUGAGGAAAUCCAGCAGGGACGAGGAGGUGAUCUCCUUGUCAAAGACUCUCAUCAAAAACUGGAAGAAAUUCUUAUCAGGAUCGAAUAAAGAGAAAGACUCGACCUCGUCGAGUAGUUCAAAGAAGAGGGACGAGAAGUCGGAUAAGGGUAAAGAGGACGGUGACCAGAAGAAGGAUAAGGACACGACAGACGGGAAUGAUGCCAAAAUGAAGGAGGACAAGCCCAGCAAGGACCUUCAGAGAAAGCAGUCGUCCUUCCCGGCUCCCACCACGACAGACGCGGUCAGAUUAAAAUGCAGGGAAUUGUUGGCCGCAGCGUUGCGCGUGGACGGGAAGGUCAUCGACGGUUGCGCCAGUCCAGAAGAGCUGGCGGAGGAAUUGGAGGAGGCGAUCUAUGCGGAAUUCAAAAACACCGACAAUAGAUACAAGAACAGGGUGCGCAGCAGAGUCGCCAACCUGCGCGACGUGAAGAACCCGAAUCUGCGCACGAACUUCAUCGUGGGCGCGAUCACACCGGCGCGGCUCGCCGUGAUGACCGCGGAGGAGAUGGCGAGCGACGAGAUAAAGCAGCUGCGCGAGCAAUUCAAGAAGGAGGCCAUCAACGACGCGCAGCUCGCCACCGUGCAGGGCACGAAGACCGACCUGCUCAAGUGCGGCAAAUGCAAGAAGCGCAACUGCACGUACAAUCAGGUGCAGACGCGCUCGGCCGACGAGCCGAUGACCACGUUCGUGUUGUGCAACGAAUGCGGCAACCGAUGGAAGUUCUGCUAAGAACCGCCUCUCACGGGCACCGUUGCGACUCACUCCCGUCUUCUCGAGGUCCGCCUCGGAACUCUCGGUCAUCGUCUCUACCUAGCGUUCAAAUCGUACCUCUACGAGACGAGUCGACGAAGUUAUCCUCUAACAAGUGUAUGUAAAUUUCUCGUCGACUCCUCUUCGAUCGGCAUGAAUGCGUUGAAAAUGGUCCGUUUCGCGAGCCCGACCACGUCCCUGCGCCAACUCGGAGGCCGCCCGCGUGCGCACAAAACUGAGGGUUGUGACGUAUGAAAUCACGUGUAUGCGCGCUUCCUUUUCGUCGGUCUACCAACGUUGUGCAGACCGCGAGGAGGCGCAACAGAAUAUGUACAUUGGUCGAUCGAGCGUAGCGGCACACUUUUCGCGCGAGAGAGAUUUCUCAGUUCCCGUGCUACAUUGUAUAUAUACUGGGAAACCGAUCUAUUACACUCGAGCUUCGCGAGUACUUUGAACCUAGAGUGGAUUCUACGGUAAAACAUAUACACACACACACACACACAUACACAAACAAAACACGAACUUCCUACGUGACGUACGUAAGCGAUAUUUUAAUUGACACUGUUUUUAUUCGAAUCACGAGCGCGACUGUUGAUAUGCGGACAUUUCUCGCUUCUGUGCAUAACCGCGCGGUAUGGUAGUCACACUUUCAUCACUGUGCUGUAAGAUUCAGACAUCACGUACUGAAUUGUACCUACAACUCCGAAAUAUACAAAUAUAUAUAUAUAUAUAUAUAUACAAAUAUAUAUAUAUAUAUACACACACAUA